GCUUCUCUUCAAUUUCCACGUCAUUCCUCCAUAUAUAAAAAGACCUUAACCCGCCUGUGCUUUGUACAUCUAUAUCAAACCUCUUCCUCUCCCUCUCUCUCUCCCUGCGACAUAAACACUCAGACGACAAUGGAGAAACUUAUAAGGCUUAGAAGCCUCACAUUGGCGCUCCUCGUCGCGUUCCUCUUGUGGUCAUCGAGUCUGGAGACGUGCAUUGCGAGACGAGGGAGGCACUGGAGGCACAGGAGGCCGGUUUCAGCCUCAUUGAUGAAGAAGAAAGCAAAAGGUCAUGUAAGCCAUCACGGAAGCACUAGUCAUAGCCAUCAUAGCAGUUCGAAGCAGCCCAAGGCUCCGAGCUCCCACAAGGCUCCGUUGGCACCCCCGACCCCUACGCCGGGCAAGAACACACCGACUAAGUCUCCACCGGAGAAGGGAUAUGGUGGUGGGAAAUCUGCGGCGACCUUCAAUGUGAUGGAUUUCGGGGCUGGGGGUGGUGGCACGACCGAUGAUACGAAGGCAUUCGAGGCUGCGUGGGCCGCGGCAUGCAAGGUCGAAGCUUCGACGGUGCUAGUACCCGAAGGGCAUGAAUUCCUCGUGGGCCCCAUCUCAUUCUCGGGUCCGUAUUGUCAGGCAGACAUCACAUUUCAGCUUGAUGGUACGAUAUAUGCGCCAACCGAAUCAAAUGUAUGGGGUAGGGGACUGCUGUGGUGGAUUGAGUUCACAAAGCUGAAGGGGAUCACGAUCCAGGGUAAAGGAACCAUCGAUGGUCGGGGCUCAGUUUGGUGGGAGAGCGCACCCUAUGAUGAACCCAUAGAUGAUGAGACAAAUCUCAUCAUCCCAUUAAAUGCCACGGUCGAGGAAACCCCGCCAAUGCCGGUGAGGAGUGAACUGAGUGCCAAAAUGCCAAGCAUCAAGCCCACGGCCCUGAGGUUUUAUGGGAGUUUUAAUGUGACAGUCACGGGCAUCACAAUUCAAAACAGUCCCCAGUGCCACCUCAAAUUCGACAAUUGCAUGGGUGUCUUGGUCCACGACAUGGCCGUCUCGUCCCCCGGUGACAGCCCCAACACCGACGGCAUCCACCUCCAGAACUCCAAGGACGUGCUCAUCUAUGGCACCGACCUUGCUUGCGGAGAUGACUGCAUCUCAAUACAGACCGGGUGCUCGAAUGUGUAUGUACAUAACGUGAACUGUGGACCUGGGCAUGGGAUCAGCAUCGGGAGUCUGGGCAAGGACAACACGAAAGCCUGCGUCUCGAACAUCACAGUCCGCAAUGUCAAUAUGCACAACACGAUGAAUGGUGUCAGGAUAAAGACGUGGCAGGGCGGGUCAGGCUCUGUCCAGGGAGUGAUGUUCUCGAACAUUCAGGUCUCCGAAGUGCAGCUCCCAAUCAUCAUCGAUCAGUUUUACUGCGACAAGAGCACAUGCCACAACCAAUCAUCGGCCGUGGCAUUAUCAGGAAUCACCUACGAAAGGAUCAGAGGGACGUACACUGUGAAGCCAGUGCAUUUUGCUUGCAGCGACAACCUGCCCUGCAUAGACGUGACUCUAACUGCCAUAGAACUAAAGCCGUUGCAAGAGCGGUACCACCUCUACAAUCCCUUCUGCUGGCAAGCCUUCGGGUUGCUGAGCACUCCUACUGUCCCACCGAUCGAUUGCUUGCAGAUCGGAAAGCCAUCCAAGAACCGAGUUCAGUCUGAUCACGACUCCUGCUGAGCUAAAACCAACACCAGGGUAUUUCAAUGGUUUAUUCAUUUGCGUGGUCGGCGUGAUUUCCCGACCCCUGCCAUACCAUUAGUUAGUUAGACACAGAAUGUAUAUUAUCCGGGAGGUUGUAUUUUACAAAUUUUACUUCUUUAGGGUGAUUAUUUCGAUGACCCUUUGGUGUGGGAGAUACUGGUGUUGCUAUUAGCUAGAGCUCUCGAUACUAAAGUAUUGGACAGUCAUGUGCUUGUCUAUACAUAAUGUUUGAUCCUUAGAUAUAUCUAAUAAAUGCUCUUCGUCAGCUUGAAA